ACUGCCAUACAAGGACAGACACGUCAGGCCCGGUCCGAUAGCCAUAGACACUUUAUAGAACAUUUCAACUCACUCCAACUUGUUCCAAAAUCACCCUCCCCGGACUCGUAACACUAUUCGAGCUCCAACCCCGCCAGUGAAGCACUCCAAAGCUCCCCACGCGGGUCAGCAAGUACCCUGACCACUCCGCUACCAAAACUACGUCCAAAAAUAACUUGGUUGCACCCACUUGCUGCCUGCCUUGUCACCUCUACUUCUCUCUCUCUCCUUCCCCGCAGCCUCUUUAACCACCCCACCCACUCAUCACUCUUCCAUUCACCCUCACACGAUGGCUUCCAACCGCAACCGGCGAAUCGCAAAGGAGAUUGCCGAUAUCCAAAAUGACCAGCACUCCAAGAUUGUCGUCGAGCCAGCAGGCAACGGGGACGAUCUCACACAUUUGCGCGGCCAGUUUCUAGGGCCGCCAGACACGCCAUACGAAGGCGCAACCUACUUUGUCGACAUCAAGAUUCCAAGCGAGUACCCGUUCCGCCCACCCAUCAUGAAGUUUGAGACCAAGAUCUGGCACCCAAAUGUCAGCUCACAGACGGGCGCCAUCUGCCUAGACACACUCUCCUCGCAGUGGUCACCUGUCCUGACUAUCAAGUCUGCCCUCAUCUCACUACAGUCUCUCCUCAGCACACCCGAGCCAAAGGAUCCACAAGACGCCGAAGUAGCUGGCAUGCUCAUUCGCAACCCCGCCGAGUUUGAGCACAAGGCUCGCGAGUGGGCGGUCAAGUUUGCGGGUGCGCCCAAAAAGGAGAUUGCAGAGGGAAGCGGCGGUGCCACGGCAGCCUCCAUCAAGAAGAAGGCACAGCAGGCAAAGCAAAACGAAGAAAAGUCGAAGCUGGCUGCAUACAAGGGAUACAAUAAGGACCUCGUCAACCGCUUCGUAGCAAUGGGGUUUGACGUCGAAGCCGUUGUCGCCGCGUUUGAAUACGUUGGCAUUGACCGAAUGGGUGGCGAGGACUACGAGCUGGAAGAGGCUUACAUGGGCGACAUCACUGCACGGCUGUUUGGCGAAGCGUAGCCUAUCUCUCAGGCAUCUCUCAUUCAUGUUGCUAAUUCACUGUCUUGCUAUUACUGAAUAACCGAAAGUUAUUUUCUUGACUUUAGUUAGGGUAAGGAGUAUGGGCGUAUCACAACCCAUCAUGUUUGUUCUAUCAUUUGGCGACGGCGUCGGAUAUGGUGUAUGAGGGGAGGGACUUGGGUGUUUAGGGUAGUAAAGAUGGCGAAAUCGAAAUCGACACUGUAGACAAGGUCGGUUGGCCAACAGAGUCGUUCCAUUUGACUGGUCUAUGUGUGUAGUGAUAUGUACAGAUUGAAGUUGAAGUCAUUUGCUCAUUUUUCUCCCC